AUGGCGUCGGAGAUCGAGGUGGUGGAAGAGGUGGAAUCGAGAGAUCGGGAGUCUUCUACUGCGGCGACUGGCGGUGGAGCAGUGGAGGAAGAUAGUUUGAGGAACGAUGUGUACACGGCGGCGGCGUACGGGGAUAUGGAAAAGCUGCAGAGAUUGGUGGAGAGGGAGGGUGCCUCGGUGUCCGAGCCUGAUGGGCUUGGUUAUUAUGCUCUCCAGUGGGCUGCUCUCAACAACCGCACUGCUGCUGCUCAGUACGUCAUCGAG